GAGAGGACUACACGUCGAAUACAACUACGCGCAUCUUUUCUCACUGUUGCGUCUGUUCUCGCUCUAUCAUCUGUCGUUUUCUUGUCGUUACGCAUCUGAAUACAACACAUUUACGCGGUUACCAUGAAAGAAAGAAGAAACACACAGCCGAUGGUGGUGAGGUGUAAACUGGUUCUGGUCGGAGAGGUCCAAUGCGGAAAAACGGCAAUGUUACAAGUGCUGGCCAAGGAUUGCUACCCAGAGACAUACGUCCCCACUGUGUUUGAGAAUUACACUGCUUGCUUGGAACUGGAGGAGCAGCGUGUUGAAUUAAGCUUAUGGGACACAUCAGGCUCCCCAUACUAUGACAACGUCAGGCCGCUCUGCUACAGCGACUCUGAUGCGGUGCUGCUGUGCUUCGACAUCAGCCGACCAGACACGGUGGACAGCGGACUGAAGAAGUGGAGGACAGAGAUCAUGGACUUCUGCCCAAACACACGCAUCCUUCUGAUUGGCUGUAAGACUGACCUCCGCACAGACGUCUGCACGCUCAUGGAGCUGUCCAAUCAGAAACAAGUGCCCAUUACCUAUGAGCAGGGCUCGGCCUUCGCCAAGCAGCUGGGCGCGGAGACCUACCUGGAGUGCUCCGCCUUCACGUCGGAGAAGAGCAUCCACAGCGUGUUCCGCACGGCGGCGCUGGCCGCGCUCAACAAGCUGCAGGCGCCUCCCAAGCCCAGCCCCGCCCGCCGCCUCUCCAAGCGCCUGCUGCACCUGCCCAGCCGCUCCGAACUGCUCACCUCCACCUUCAAGAAGGAGAAGGCCAAGAGCUGCUCCGUCAUGUGAGCGACCCCACCCGACCCGACUCGACCCGACCUGAUCUGACGUGGUGGCGUGCGGCACAGCGGGGGGGUGAAGACGAGACGAAACCAAGCAAGCCAGACGACCUACUGUACAGCUGCAACAUCACCCACUGACCUCGCUCGAGUCAGAUAUGAUAAAUAUGCCAACCACCUCCCUCCCCCGCCACCUUCCUCUUGUUAUUUAGUGGUGGGGGGGGGCAUCCCCACUGGACUGGUUGAUUGGGGAAGGGGGGAUGGGGGUGGUAUAUGAUGGUGACAUCAUACACCAUGUUAAAAGGGUUAACCCAUGUAGACCCCCUUUUUCCCACCCCCCCAAACUUGAGAAAAAAAUGUGUAAAGAAGCAAAAGAAAAAAAAGUUGCUCAGGACGUGUGGACACUUGGUUUGGUUGAUGUCCAUGUUGUCCUGAAAAGCUUUUUCCGUGCAUAUCUGCUAUAUUUUUGUUCUGUUUUGUUUUUUGACUGUCUCAAACACUCUCUCUAUCGUCUUGGGAAACACCCUGAGAUCAUCUCCCAACUCAGUCUCAUUUUCGCUCACUGUAUAUUUCAAGAUUACUACUACUAUGUGCAACUGUAAAAAAAACAAGAAACAAAUGGUGACAGACGACAUGGUGACCAUUCGUAAAUCAUUCAACUGCUUCUGAGAGGUUAAGAGAAAACAGUGCAAACAGAAAACAUCAGCCUUUUUCAGGUGGUCUCAGAUGGUCUCAGAUGGUCCUAGGGAGCAUUAGAACAUCAGCCAUUUUAAGAUGGGUUUUUUUUUUUGCACAGAUAGUCUGUAUGCACUACCACGGGGAGAAAAGCAGGGAGAAGGCAGCUGGUCUGAACCCUGUAAAUAGAGCGGCCCUCGAUGGGCAAGCUGGUCAGGAGAGGAAGAGGAGGAGGAGGAGGAGGAUGAGGAGGAAGAGGAAGGUAGCAUCUCGUCCAAACUCUUAUCGCUGGCUCAGCCUGGCCCGUGAGGAGUUUAUACUGGCUGUUCCCUUACUGCUGGCUUUUGCGAGUUUUCGCAGAGUUUCCAGGUUCCAGAAUGGGAAUAUGGAAUACUCAAUAAAUAAUGCCUAAUACAGAACACUUCCCCAACCCACCCCAGCCCACUCCGUUCAGCUCUCUGCACCCACAGAGCCCUUUUGUAGUGAGAACUCAAAACUAAAAAGAGGGACAAGAGAGCUUUGGAGAAUUAUGCACAGGCGGUUAUAGAGGCUACCAAAGUUGUUGUUUUUUUUUUUUUUUUAAAGCACCCUCCCAUUAAAUAUUGUCUGAUGUGAAGGCUUCUGUUUUUAAAGAGGCAAUAAUAUCUAGCCGGCUCGGGGUUAGGAAGGAGGAGGAGGAGGAAGUGUCUACCCCUGGGUGGUGGUGGUGGUGGUGCAAUUGAGAGUGCGAUCCUAUUAACUUGAUGACUGGUAUCUGAGGGUCUGUGUGCUGCUACUGCUGCUCUUUGAGACUGGAGCUGACAGGAGCUGAAAACACACAUCUCCAACCAGCCCAGGCUAUCGGCCAGCAUAGACAGGGGAGUUUAAAAGGGGGGUUGCUGAGCUGAGCUGUUGGGUUUUAAAAGAGGGAUAUGGAGCUUGCUCUGAUACUGUUGGCUAUAAUCGGGGGCUGACUGAGACACAGAUCUGGGAUCAGCCCAGGGUAUCAUCCACCACAGACGAUGCAGGGAGUUUAUGGAGG